AUGUUUAAUAUUCGAAAAGAGAUUUCUCUGGAGCGUUGGCCAAAUGACUGCAAAGUAGCUGUUGUUCCAAUAAUCAAUGCGGAAGUCUUCAUAAAAGGUCAUGGUGGUCCUUGCAUUCAGCCACAUUUGAGUAAUCUUACGCCUGAUAUAGCCAAUAGUGGCUGGCGUAAUUACGGCAAUCGACAAGGAACAACUCGCCUUCUGAAUACAUUUUCCAAUUUGAAAAUACCAGUUAGUAUUGCUAUGAAUUCAUAUUUAAUUGAUCAAGAACCGGACGUAUUCGAAGAAAUCAGAAUACACGCAACACACAAUGAAAAUAUCGAUAUCAUAGGUCAUGGUCUUACAAAUUCUUUAUCUGCUGUAAAACACAUAUCAUUCGAAGAACAAGUCAAACAAUCCUUAAAUCAAAUUCAGCAAGCUGCAGGGCAUGAGCAAAGGCCACAAGCAUGGUUAACGCCUGGAUUUGCCGCACCGGAAGAUUCAGCAAAAAUCUUAGUUGACAAUGGUAUUCGUCUGUCUUUGGACGCCACAGAUGACGAUAUCAUAUAUGAGCUAAAAUCAUCAACUGGCGGUGACAAAGGAUUAUUCAUUCUACCGUAUUCAAUGGAGACAAACGAUAUAUCGUUAUGCAUGUGUCAAGGUUAUACCGGUGAACAAUAUGCUCAAACAUUAACGGAUUAUAUUUAUGAAUUAGCAUCGGAAGAAACAACAAAAGCAAAAGUUGUUUGUUUAGGACUGCAUACGUUUAUUGUUGGUACACCGGCAAAAGCGUUUCAUUUCAAACAAGCACUACAGACAAUUCAACAAAUACCCAAUAUAUCGAUAGCUGUACAAACCAAAAUGACAAACUCAACUGAUGCAAAUCCAUGGCGCAAAUGGAUUGGUAUUAUUUGGUUACUAGUUGAAGUAAAUCUUAUCAGCGCGAAUAUAUUUGGCUUCUCGGCACUUUUCAAAGUUUUGCCUAAGUAUGGUAUUUAUGGUAAAUAUUGUGAGUUAUCCACGGUCUUGAAUUCCACAAAUGAGGAUUGCACUGGCCAGGCGCAGCAAUACCAAAAUGCAUUGACUUUAGGUAUAAUAUUCUUUAAUUUACCAUCAAUGUUCGUUGGGAUUUUGAUUGACAAAUUCGGCGGUCGUUUCGUCAAACUAAUCGCCAUAAUCUUCCAUGUUGUGGGAUGGUUAGCAUUAGCUCUUGUCAAACCUGAUAAGUUCAUGACCAAAAUUUCUUUUUGA